UGACGAUGACGUCAAGGGUAUAAAAACCGGAGCCCCUCGCUUCACCAACCAUUCCUGGAAUUGCUCUGAGGUUGUGCAUUAGUGGGAAGAAAACAGUAACGAGGACGCAGUUUGAAGAGAAACAAAAAUACUUUUUGUUCAGUUGUUUUUUUCUCCCAGUGACGGACAUUUUGACGGUCUUUUUCCACUCGUGUGCCAGAAGGAAACCAGCAUAAAUUAACCCGCCCAUAGAUAAAGCAAAAUUUUCGGCCAUAAAAAUUUGCUUGUUUAUAUAAAACAUGGCAGUUUUUUCUCUGAAACUGUUCUGAAAAAAUAAUUGUGUGUGUAUAUUUCAAGCACAAUUCUAAAAUCCGAGCCGCUGAGGAGAAAGUUUCUGAUAGGUUGACACCAUGGGAUCAGGGCCUGUGGAUCCAAGAGAACUCCUGAAGGGAGUGGACUGCUUCCUGGGCAAGGAAGGGGAAGUCAAGUCCUCAGAGGGGGUUUCCAAAAUCUUUAGCUUGAUGAAAGCUUCCCAAAAGAUGGUUAGCAGGUGCAUCUACCUGAAUAUUUUACUGCAGACAAAAUCACAGGACGUCCUGAACAGGUUUAUCAAAAUCGGAGGUUACAAGCUGUUAAACAGCUGGCUGACUUACUCCAAAACAACCAACAACACCCCACUGCUGCACCUGAUCCUGCUAACUCUGCAGAACCUGCCGCUGAAAGUAGAUCACCUCAAACAGAAUAACACAGCCAAAGUAGUGAAACAGCUAAGCAAGACAGGUCCUGAAGAGCUUCGAAAGCAGGCUUCAGUGCUGGUUGAAGGCUGGAUGGCGAUCAUUCGGACCCAGAGCAGUGCUGCGGCAGCAGCUGCUUCUGCCCCUUCAGACAAGAAGAAGAAAGAGGAGGGGAAGGGGAAAGUGGCUCCAGAAAAAACAGAGACAAAGCUAGACCUGAAAGGGACUGAGGCAAAGGCCGAGGAGGACAAGAGGAAAGAGAAACCCAAAGUACAGAGGACCACUGCACCCAGCCACGCCAAGUUCAGGUCCACAGGUUUGGAAGUGGAAACGCCGACCCCAGUCCAUGUUAAAAAGGUGCCCCCUCCUGUGCAAGUAGGCGACAAAUAUAACAUCAAGCCAGCACCUGUCAAGAGACAAAACUCCAGUUUGGGACCUGAUAUGCAACCGGUAGAGAAGAAGUACAAACCUCUCAACACCACUCCUAACAUGAUCAAGGAGAUCAAAGUGAAGAUCAUCCCAGCCCAGCCAAUUGAAUCCCCAGGGUUCCUCGAAGCAUUGAAUUCCGCCCCGGUAACCGGAGUCAAGAUCAAGAAGAAAAAGAAGGCAGUGUCUCCAACUUCCAACAAGUCUUGCCCAUUCGAUAUCAAACCAAACCUGGAGUCCAGCCCUGUGAAGCACUUGCCCCUAGACAGCUCACCCACAGCCUCAGUGGAGACAAUGGAACUGGAGCAGCCGGGCACCCCAGUUCCUGCAGAGGAGGUUCCUGAAAACAUGGAUACUGCUCCCGAGGAGCCGAAUGCUCUGGCUGAGCCACGUGGGGCGGAAAAGGCUGCUGCUGACGCAGUGAAGCUGACUAGGAAAGGGAAGAAGAAGAAGAACGUGCGAUGGGCUGAGGAGAACCAGCUGCGGGAAUACUUCUUCUUUGAGCUUGAUGAGACAGAGAGGGUGAACGUGAAUAAGAUCAAGGACUUUGGCGAGGCUGCGAAGCGAGAGAUGAUGAUGGACCGGCAGGCCUUUGAGUCGGCACGGAGACACUCUCACGAUGCCAUGGAGGAGAAAGUUCCAUGGAGUUGCCCGUGGCCUCUUGACUUGCCCCACACCCUAGUGGUGCCGGGCAGUGGCAGCCAGGAGAAAGUUACUCAACAGGAGAGGGAGAAGGGAAUCCUGCAGGAGAUCUUCCUCUCUAAGGAGAGUGUGCCGGACAGCCCUCAUGAGCCCGACCCUGAGUCCUAUGAGCCUCUGCCCCCCAAACUUAUUCCCCUGGACGAGGACUCGUCCGCGAUGGAGGAUGGCUACAGUGAUCCCAUGGACACGACCCCUGCCUCACACUCGCCAGAUGUGUCCGGAGCCAAGCUGCCCACUGUCCUGGCUAACCUGAUGGGCAGCAUGGGAGCGGGCAGGAGCCCACAGCAGCCUGGCUCUGGGGUUGUUCCCCCUGUAAAUGUUCAGGAGCUACUAUCCACCAUCAUGGGAGCUCAGGGGAACCAAAAGCCAGAGGACCUAAUCAAACAGCCUGACUUCUCAGACAAGAUCAAGAAGUUGUUGGGGUCUCUACAACAACAGCAACAGCCACAGCAGCAGCAGCAGAUUCAGCACCAACACCCGCCCCAGGGACCUCCCCCAGGUUUGCUGGGGAUGGGUCCAGGAAUGAACGGAGGAUUCCCACCAGGACCCAAGAAUGGACCUCACUUCCCCCCACAUGGAGGCCCAGGUGGGCACUUCCCUCCUCACAAUGGGCCAGGUGGACCCCCAGGAGGCCCCCGAAUGAUGGGCCCCCCUCCCCCCCAGCAGCGUGGAGGAGACGGGUACUGGAAACCCCCUGGCGAGCCUAUGAGGGGAGGACCCCAUGGUAUGAGAGGGGGGCCCUUCCACCGGGGAAGGGGGGGGCGAGGAGAAAACGCAAACUUCAGAGGCAGGCCUGGUCGAGGGAGCAGUGGACCACUCAGACGGGGUGGCCCCAACAACCCACACAUGGGAGACAUGUCGAACCGCGAUGUCUGCCGACACUUCAUGAUGAAGGGCAGCUGUCGCUACGAGAACAACUGUGCUUUCUACCACCCUGGAGUGAACGGGCCUCCCUUGCCCUAAUGAUACAGUGGAGUGGGCAAGCCUCGCCUCCUUCAGACUGACACCCAGAGAUCGCGGCCACAGACAUCAUUCCAUCAAGACUGAUGGACACAAACACACCAUUGACCAGCUUUGGUCUGGAGUUUUGUGUUUUCCUGGAUCUCUUGCUAGCAAGUUAGUUAGCUGCCUGUAGUAGAUAACCUAUUGUGACUCAGUAGGUUUUAUCUCCUGGAAGGAAAAAUAUAUAUAUAUUUUUUUUAAAUGAAAUACAUGAAUCAAGCAAUUUAUUUAUUAAUAAUUGAAUGGGAGAAAGAGAUCAUUUUUAAUUGUUUUGCUUUCCCAUAUGUGCUUUGUGGAGCCACCUGCAUUCUAUACAAUCUCUGUCUCUCUCUACCUAGUUCUUAGUCUGCAAGGAAGGGGCAUUGAAAGAAACUGAAAUCUGUUUCCAAGUCACUUUGACAAUUACUUUAGCCUUGUUAGGGAAUUAGUAAUAACUGUUAAAGCCAUUACUACAAUGUCAUGUUGAGUUAUCAAAGUCUUACAGUCAAAAGGCCCCUCAAACUUCAAACCUGUUUUUCAUGAGUUUUAAAUGGGGACUUACCAAGUAAAGGUACACAGUUGACUUAAUAUGUAACGGAAGUAAAAACUAUGAGGAUUGUGUAUAAGCAAUCAAAUAUAGGCAUACAAAAACACAUGUUACUUUGCACAUAAAGUUAUUAAACUAGUUUUAAUGGAUUAUUCAACCUUAGCUGCAGUGGCCCUGAAGAUCUGAUAUUCAAGAUAGACUUUUGUUGCAUGUCUUGAAACUAAAGUGACAGAAAUGUUUAAACAAUCUAUUUAACACUUUUGUAUUAUUAUUUUCCACUGGUGUGUCCAAGGAAAACCACAUGGAUUAAUAAUGUAUUAAAAAAGAAACCUAUUAUGAUGGUGAAAUUAAAAGGUUUUAAACACAUCUAAUUAUAAACUAAAAUUAAAAAGUGCGUUCUGAUCAAAUAUGUAAUCUGGACCAUUGACUGUAAUUCAGUGUCCAGUACACUGGAGGCAGUGUAUCAUAGGGUUGCAAAAAACAACAAAAAAAAAAAAAAUCUUCCCGUCACAUCCGACCUACUAAACUGAAGUUUCUUUAGUCUUAUUCCGAUGUAAAAUUGCGUGAAGUGUCGGUAAAUAAAAAGGGUGCAGUUGGACUUUUAAUAUAUGAAUAGAUUAUCAGCUGUCAAAGUGAUGCCUGGAUGAAAACAUACUCCAUGUAAUGCACCUCUUCUCUGUAGUCCAGUCUUGAGGUAAACCAAACUAAACCACAGCGCAGUGACGCAACAGGAGUAACACUGCAGCUAUUUAAAAAGUGGCCCACAGUAUUGCAUACAAUUGAAAGUAUUCUUGUAUUUCUCUUGAUGUAAACCCACUUUGUGUGGUGUACAUUUUUUGUAAAUAGUUUGUAUAUACAAUUGUAUUGAAUUAGUCAGAUGAUUAUUAUUUUGUUUGAUCCCAAGUGAAAUUUAACCACUAAGCCAGUUGAGUCUGGUGUUCAGGGUUGCGUGAAUGCAAUGUUAAUGUCGGGGGCAUAUAAGUAACUUGGGUGGGAGGAGUAAUUAGUUUAAUUAUGAAGUACUGAUCAGGGAAACGGCUUUUCAUAUUCUUUAUUCAGCCAGCUAGGAUCAACUGAGAACAGCUUCGUGUUUACAGUGUUAAUGUGAGGAAUAGGGAUCACAAGAAUUGGUUUUAACCCCCCCGCCCCUCCAAUUAUAUUUCACUCUUAUCUCUCAAUCCUUUGAUUGCAUGCUAUAAAACCAAAACUGCUAAAGGGACAAAAUAAGUCAAAACCCUUGAUCUGUUUAAAACUAGUAAUGCUCUGUAGCACUUCUUUGUUUCAGAUAAGAACUGCAACUUUUAUGCAAAGCCAAAUGGUUGUGUUUCUAUAAACUGAUAUCAAAUGACUGAAUAGAAAAUUGUAGAAUUGAGCAUUACUGGGAUGCAGUGAUUAAUUGAUUAUGCUUUUUCUUGAACUCUACCUGGUCUCCCAGCAUCUUCCAAGUCUGUUAAGAUAAUGUUUCCCAUCUCUAGAAUCAAUUUGCUGUAUACAAACCAUUUAUUGCCCUCAUAGUGCAUCAGAAAAGUGUUUUUUAAGUUCUUGAUUUGUAAUUUUUACAGAUUGUAAGACGACAAGAGUUUAGCUCUGCAACUUGAUCAGAACAUUAUUUACAUUGUUUGAAUAGCGAACUGGACUGAGCUUCGAACAAGUGAAAUCACAGGACCAGCAUUUAUGAAAAUGUCUCAAAUGUCUUAAUCAGUUAGCAAUUCCUGUGUACUGUAGCUUACAUAAAGGAAAUGUUAUAUUACUGAUGCAUUAACUGAGCAAUUAAUCAUUUGUACAGUGUCUUUUUUAAAUCUUAAAAGUAACCAAUAAAUCGCUUUUCGUUUAUAUUUAGGUUGAUUACUAAAAGCCUUUAAAUGAAAUGAUUUCCAGGGUUAAAUUUUUGGGGGGUUCAAUAUGUAAAGUGCAUUACUAUCACUGUUGCAUGAAAGUGUAAAUGUUCUGCAGUUAAAUGGUGUCACUUUUAGUUUAUUACUACAUUAUCCUUCUGUUUCUAGUACAGACUAGGAAAUAGUCUUGCUUUUUUUAAACAUCUUUUUGGGUGAUUUGUUGGCACCCAACACAUUUCUAAAAUCUGGCUUCACUUAACUGUAAAAUGAUAAGAAGUUCUCUACACAGAGAUCAGUAUUGUGUAUUUUUUCAGAUUUAAUGUGCAAUGUUUUCUGUUUGUAAGUGGAGGGGUAAAAAGAUGAAUACUGAAACAGGCUGCUAACUUUUUGUUUGUAUUCUGACUUUUGAACAAAAUAAAACCCCAGUUCCAUUUUCUAAAAAGGCACGCGACUGGCCUCCGGCUGUGACCAGGUGCUGAAGAUCUACAAGGUGUUUUCUGUGAAAACUUGCUACUGUCUCUUGUGAGACCUUUUUUCCAGAUGUUCUGUCUUUAAAUGUAUUGUUUUGUAUAUAUUUUGUACAUUUAUUAAUAAAUGUGGAGAAACUUUA